CUUCACCAUAGCCUUUAACAGAGGCAGAGAGGGGAGUUGAACAUCCUUUCUCUCCCCACCCUUCCGUCAGGGUGGAGAUUGUGUUAGCAUCAGCGUGUCUGAUGAAACUUGUGAACUAUAUACUUCAAUCCACUACAAGGAAAUGAGUUAAAAGCUCAACUAAUGCCGUACGGACAUGUCUUCGUUGCUCUACUGCUGCUUAGAGAUUACACUGGUACGUCAAGUGAGGAUCAAGGACCAUCUCCAACCUGAUUGCUGUGUCAGGAGGAGAGCCAGUGGGGUGUAGAUGGACCUUCUCAUUGGCUAAGACUGCUUCUUUGUAUGUAGGUGACAUGGCUACUGCAGUGACAGUGCUAUGAGAGCCAUGAUGUUUGAGUGACGAUAGGCAUGGAAUGUGGCACAUGGUGGGACGCUGCAAUCGAAAAAUGAGACAAACUCUGCAUAGCUUCAUAACUAUGUCACUAGUUCUAUUUUGGGAUAGUGUUUUUGGUGACCCUGGUUAUCUUCUUCUUCGAAAAUCUCAUCACAUAGCUUUGAGCAGAGAUCCUGUGUUUGUGGAUUUCUUCCUUCCAGAUAAUGAUACCAUAACUUCAAGUAAUAUUUCAAUCUCUCUGCUGAACACUGGCAAUAAUCAUAAAAUAACUAGCAAAGAGCUUCCUGCUAACAUAACGCAAGGCAGCCUCGUAUUUGAAUGCUUCUAUUUCAUUCAAAAUGGCCUCUACCAAUUUCAAAUGAGCUUACAGAAAAAAAACAGUAGCCAUAUCUGUGGGUCGAGCAGUAUAUUGAAUGUCACCUGGCCUUUGUUUCACAUAGACCUGAACAGGACAUCAAAAGACAACGUGAGAUCAUUUCAGAUUGGAGUCUUCACCAAUGAACUUCUUUGCUCAAUUUAUACUGACAAAGAACCAGCAAUGUUAUUGGAAGUAGAGCAUACUCACAGCUUCCAAGAAUUGGAGGAACCAAGCAGCGAUAGGUUCAUGUUGUACAAAACCUACAAGGAAAUCCCAUUAUCCUCCACACAGUGGGUUGAGUUUGAAUGUGCGUCUGUACGGUCAGAGACUUUCAUUACUGUGUCUUUGAAACCCAUGGAUUCACAAUAUGAUUCAGUCAUUGCUUUCCUCGGACCCAUUGACCUUGUGAAGACCUUCAAAUAUAAGCUGGUCACAUCUCCAGAUGAAAAAUGUGAUGGUUCCAUGAAGAUAUAUGUCAUACCUCCCCCAUGUAAUUAUGUUGAGGGGAACCUAGUUGUAUAUAAAAAAGCUCCAAGACAUUUGUCGGAAAGUCCCCCAGUCAUAGCAGAGCAUGCCAUGCGUACAGGAGACAAAAUGACUAUAUUCAACUGUUCCCUAUUUGACAUUGGAAGAAAUACAUAUUGCUUUGAGUUGUUGAUGCGUAGCAGCAACAGUUACUCAUUUCCAAAGAUCAACGAAUGUGUGGAAAUAAGAAGAGAAAUAGAGACGUGGAGCCUGUGGCAAUCAUGGAGUCCCUGCAGCACUACAUGUGGAGAUGGUCAAAGACAGCGACACAGGGAAUGUCUUUCAACGUCACCUUUAAAUCCUUCUUGCAAUGGAAGCCCAAGGGAGAUCUCCAUUUGCUCUCUAGAAGACUGCUCAACAAUAAAGCCUCCAAUCAAAUCUACGAAAAAUUCCAAUGGUGAUAGUAAAACAACAAGUAACACUGUAACUAUAACCGGAAUUUCUUUAUGUCUGUUCAUCAUCGUCAUCACCAUUGUUAUCACUGUCUGGAGGAAGCUCAGCAAAGCUCAGACAUGCAGUUCCACUGUUAGACAUAACUCUAAUCAUUCAGUCAGCUGUCGAAAGAACUCAGAUGAGGAGAAUAUCUACCAGUUGAGGGAGAGUUUUUCUGAUACAGGGGAAAUUCUUAUGGACAGCACAGACGAUGCUGUUCAUAUACCUUUAAAUUACAGACAAAGUUCCCCUGUUUCCCAAGAGCAAGCAAUCAAAGAAAUUGACGAUUCACCAAACGUUCAGAAGAUAAUUCCACCCAUUUUCAGUUAUCGUCUUGCACAGCAGCAGCUUAAAGAGAUGAGACAAAAGGGACUUUCUGAGGCCACCAAAGUGUAUCAUGUUUCUCAGAAUCCUAUGGCGGACACCGCAGUAGAUAUCUCAUUAAAUCCACCUCCUAUCAAUGAUAAUUCAGAUGAAACCAACACAAACAAAUUCAGGAUACAGUCUCCGUUUUUAGUGCCAAAGAACACUCAUGGUCGUGAGGAAAGACCCAACUCAAAGUCUGUUUUCUCACCAUCACACGGAGUGACUCCUUGUCAAACUCUCCCCAGGUUAUCCCACUUAAAGAAUCAAGACACAAAAUCAAGACACUAUGAGAGAGGUUGUCAAAAAAAUAACUUCAGGAGAACAUCUAGUUUUCAUGACACUAAACACAACAAGCCCUAUAGGGAAAGAAGUCUAACAACACUUUCUCCAAGACAUUCUAUGGCUUAUAAUGCCAAGACAAGGACAUGGGAAUGUUCUACAGUAGAACGAUCAAAAUAUAAACCAACAAGGACUGAUAAGAGCACUGACAAUAUUACAAGGGGCACUAAUUUCAAAGAUUCAACUGGCUAUCUUACAAAGAGUUCCUAUAUGAGACCAAUGGGGAGUAAGCCUGAUUUAAUCUGUAGUAGGCAGCUGUCGGCAAGAACAUCAAAUGAAGAGAGGCCCGAGCAAAAUCGACCCAGAAAAGGCCCCUCUCCAGUGAAUACAACUUGGAAUAGAGUACACCGGGACCUCUCUUCUUCACCCAAAGAUAGUUAUAACAAAAAUAGUUCUCUGAUUUCUGUGCAAAACAGAAAAGAAAAGUGUCAGAGUUUCCCAUGGGGAACAGAGUAUUCGUUUUAUGACAAUUCAACAUUUGGACUCACAGAGGCAGAGCAGCAAAUGAUUGAUCUUCCAGGAUAUUUUGCUUCCAAUGAAGAGGAUGAAACUAGUACAUUAAGCAUGGAGAGACUGGUAAUUUGACCCUGUUGUCAUUGCCUCUUGAAUUAUUUAUAUUUGGUUAAAAAAAAUCCUUAUUUCUCUUUCAAAUGAUUGGGCGGUGGGGAAUUUCGACCACUUGCUUUAAACUAGGGAACAUUUAGGAAUAAAAAAGCACUUGUCAAAUUUUUACACACACACGUUUUUUUUGUUUGUUUUUUUACUUGAACACUGUUAAAAAUCACAGUAACUACUACUGAAUCUAUCAAAUAUAUCCAGUUUUACAAUGAAUACUUGAAAAAAGACUUAUGUUUCAGCUUUA